GCAGAGCGCAGUUCCGACCCACAGCCUGGCACCCUUCGGCGAGCGCUGUUUGUUUAGGGCUCGGUGAGUCCAAUCAGGAGCGCAGGCUGCAGUUUUCCGGCAGAGCAGUAAGAGGCGCCUCCUCUCUCCUUUUUAUUCACCAGCAGCACCGCGCAGACCCCGGACUCGCGCUCGCCCGCCGGCGCCCUCGGCCUCUCUCCGCGCUCGGGAGCACCCUCCACCACGGCUGUUCUCCAUGCGCAGCGCCCAUCCGAGGAGCUAAAAGUCAGUUUGCAGCGGCGCAGGACCGUGGAUGGCCUUGACUGACGGCGGCUGGUGCCUGCCGAAGCGCCUUGGGGCCGCGCCUCCUGCGGACGCCAGCGACUCCGGAGCCUUUCCAGCGCGGGAGCCCUCCACGCCGCCUUCCCCCAUCUCCUCCUCUUCUUCCUCCUGCUGCUCUCGGGGUGGGGAGCGCGGCCCGGGCGGCGCCAGCAACUGCAGGACGCCGCAGCUCGACACGGAGGCGGCGGCGGGACCCACGGCCCGCUCGCUGCUGCUCAGUCCCUACGCCUCGCAUCCCUUCGGGGCUCCCCACGGACCUUCGGCGCCGGGGAUCUCGGGCCCCGCGGGCGCCCUGUCGAGCUGGGAGGACCUACUGCUCUUCGCUGACCUCGACCAAGCCGCGACCGCCAGCAAGUUGCUGUGGUCCAGCCGCGGCGCCAAGCUGAGCCCUUUCGCGCCCGAGCAGCCGGAGGAGAUGUACCAGACCCUCGCCGCCCUCUCCAGCCAGGGGCCUGCAGCUUACGACGGCUCGCCCGGUGGCUUCGUGCACUCGGCGGCCGCCGCCGCUGCAGCCGCGGCCGCCGCGAGCUCCCCGGUCUACGUCCCCACCACGCGCGUGAGCUCCAUGCUGCCGGGCCUGCCGUACCUACAAGGUGCGGGCGGCGGGCCGGCCAAUCAUGCGGGGGGCGCGGGCGCGCAUCCCGGCUGGCCGCAGGCCUCGGCCGACAGCCCUGAGCACCAGUAUGGCUCGCUGUCGGCCGCGCGGCCGCUGAACGGGACGUACCACCACCAUCACCACCACCACCCGAGCGCCUACUCGCCCUACGUGGGGGCCCCGCUGACGCCCGCCUGGCCCGCCGGACCCUUCGAGACCCCGGUGCUGCACAGCCUGCAGAGCCGCGCCGGAGCCCCGCUCCCGGUGCCGCGCGGCCCCGGCACAGACCUGCUGGAGGACCUGCCCGAGAGCCGCGAGUGCGUGAACUGCGGCUCCAUCCAGACGCCGCUCUGGCGACGCGACGGCACCGGCCACUACCUGUGCAACGCCUGCGGUCUCUACAGCAAGAUGAACGGCCUCAGCCGGCCCCUCAUCAAGCCGCAGAAGCGCGUGCCUUCCUCCCGUCGGCUUGGAUUGUCCUGUGCCAACUGUCACACCACGACCACCACUUUGUGGCGCAGAAACGCCGAGGGCGAGCCUGUGUGCAAUGCGUGUGGACUCUACAUGAAGCUCCAUGGGGUGCCUCGACCGCUUGCUAUGAAAAAAGAGGGAAUUCAAACCAGGAAACGAAAACCUAAGAACAUAAAUAAGUCAAAAGCUUGCUCUGGUAAUAGCAAUAAUUCUGUUCCCAUGACUCCAACUUCCACCUCUUCUAACGCAGAUGACUGCAGCAAAAAUACUUCCCCCACCACACAACCGGCAGCCUCAGGGGCAGGCGGCUCGGUGAUGUCCGGUGCCGGGGACAGCGCCAACCCCGAGAACAGCGAGCUCAAGUACUCAGGUCAAGACGGGCUGUACAUCGGCGUUAGCCUGGCCUCGCCGGCUGAAGUCACGUCGUCGGUGAGGCAGGAUUCCUGGUGCGCCCUGGCCCUGGCCUGAGCGGCCGCGGGGACCAGAGGAGGACGCUGCCGGCCCGUGGGAUCGCCUUCAUGGAUCCUCUUGGCAAGCAGUCCGGACUGGGCCGAGGAUGCUGACCAGACUUCUUCCUCUGAUACAUGAUUUCUGUGCCUUUAUUUGAAAGAGAUGAAUCUCCCGAGAGGCUUGCUCUGCCUUGCCCCUGGGGCCCUGUCUUGAAGACCCAGGGAAAAGAGGGACCGCCUCUCCAGGGAAGGACCGGGGCAGCCCACAGCCUCCCUGGCCACGGGGGCCGCUUCCAGGCAGCUGGUCUCUGGGUUGGCCAGGGGAUUGGAUGUCCAUCGUGACACAUGCAGAAACCGGAACUAUGCCCGGGGCCUUGCCUGCCAUGGAAUAUCGAAAGAGAUUUUUAAACCAAAGUUUUAUGUGUAUUGCCCCAAAUCAUGUGCUUCUUCUGAUCAGUUUUGGUUAUUCCAGAAUUUCUCCGCCCCUUUUCCACAGCCCCCUUCCCUGAUUUCCCGCGCGUUCAUGGAGAAGAUCCUUCGUUUGGUACACACCUCCGGAGGCUGAGUCGGUUCUUGAGGUCUCUUCAAAAAUAUCACUCAGUUUGCAGGACUGCAUCGUAACUGUAACAUACACUGUGACUGACGUUUCUCAAAGUUCAUAUUGUGCGACUGACCCGAAGUCAGUCCGAAUUUGUAAACAGGGUAGCAAACAAAAGAUAUUUUUCUUCCAUGUAAACAAUAAUUUUUUUUAAAAAAGUGCAAUUUGCGUUGCAGCAAUCAGUGUUAAAUCAUUUGCAUAAAAGAUUUAACAACAUUUUUUAUAAUGAAUGUAAACAUUUUAACUUAAUGGUACUUAAAUAAUUUAAAAGAAGAAAAUGUAAACUUAGACAUUCUUAUGCUUCUUUUACAACUACAUCCCAUUUCUAUAUUUCCAGUUGUGAAAAAAUAUUUCAAGAACAAAUCUUCUCUCAGGUAAAUUGCCUUUAUCCACUUGUUAAGAAUUUUUGUAUAAGAACACCAGUAUCUCCCCUUUAUUUUACUGUGGAAUAUGUGCUGGAAAAAUGGCAACAAAACUUUACUACCUAACAGAUAACAUUUGUAAAUACUUUAGGCAUCUGUACACACCAUGAUGAAGUCUCUAUAGUGUGACUAACCCACAGGCAGGUUGGUUUACGUUAAUUUUUUAAAAAAUGGGAUGUCAUAUGGAAACCUAUUUCACCAGAGUUUUAAAAAUAAAAAGGGUAUUGUUUUGUCUUCUGUACAGUGAAUUCCUUCCCUUAUAGUUUCAUUUUGAUACUGUGUAUGGCUAUAGACAUUCAUAUAAAGCAAGUACCUGUGAUAUUUGCAAA